UGUCGUGGUUUUCCUCAGAAGACCUUGCCUUUACCUGCAGGGAAGCCGUGUCCUGCAUUUUCCUACUUUCGCUUCCCACUCCCCAGCCGCAAGAUUCCAGCACACCACGACCCAAGAAGCGACUCCGCGGGCGGUGUUGUGGCAGCGUGAGUCACCGGCGACGGCAGGUGACGACGGCGACCUCCCUCGUGGACCGUGAUGCUAAAUCGCGUUUAAACCUGGAAGCAGAUGGAAAUCCGGGUCGUGGUUCGAUGCAGUUGUGGUGAAUACAGCAAUGAAAUUGCUCUGUUUAAAACCUCCGUUUUUUCGAAGCCAAAGUAUAUCCAUACCACAGUAUUUCAGUGUCCGGUGAAGCAAUACUUCAGUUUUUUUUAUUUAUCUUUACUGAGUUUUAGAAAAAAGAGGGUCAGACCAUUCUUUUCCAAUACUUAAAAAAGACAGCAGUUCUGAGGAUACUACCGCUUCCAAAAUCUGCAAUAUUUGUUAGAGCCAAACACCACAAACUCUCUCGUUUUGGUUCCACGAUUCAUUGAGAGCACUAUAUAUGCCACUCCGCGGAAGGAAAAGUUACGUUUGCUAGCUUCUGGAAGUGUGUGUAUUUCGAGCAUCAAACAAUGUACGGCGAGUCUAGCAAAUAUGAUAGCCUGGAGAGCGUACUGCAUGAUCAAUGUUCAAAACCACGCGCUCUACCAUUACAGUUUUUGAAAGACAUCACAGACAACUUCUCGUAUGAGCGACUACUUGGUGAAGGUGGUACUGGCACGGUAUACAAGGGUGUACUACAAAGUGGGAAAAUAAUAGCUGUGAAGAGGCUAGAACCAUCAAUGGUGUGCGCUCAGAGCUUAUUUGAGAAUGAGGUUCAUCAUCUUAUGAGGCUUAAUCACCAAAAUAUUGUUCAAUUUAUGGGUUACUGCUAUGAAACAAAGAAGUUAUAUGAAAAUUACGAAGGGAAGAUGGUUUUUGCUGAGAGCUCAGAAAUGUUGCUCUGCUUGGAGUAUCUUCCUAAAGGAAGCCUUGAUGGGUAUCUUUCAGAUGCAGAUGGAUCCACUGAACUUGAUUGGCACACGCGGUACAGAAUAAUUCAGGGGAUUUGCAAUGGUUUGCACUACCUUCAUGAGAAAAUUGAUAAGUCUAUUCUUCACUUGGACCUAAAGCCUGGGAAUGUAUUACUUGAUCACAAUUUGGCACCGAAAAUUUCUGAUUUUGGGCUUUCCAGACUGCUUGAUCAGCAUCAAACUAUUUCUAGUCCAAAUCGUGUUGGUACAUUUGGCUACAUGGCACCGGAAUACGUCCAUGAAGGUACAAUCACACCUAAGUCAGACAUAUUCAGCCUGGGUGUGAUAAUCAUGGAGCUAAUAAUGGGAAACAGGAACUACCCAAGUGUUACUGGAACAUCUUCAGAGGGCUUUAUUGAUCUUGAACUUAAAAAAUGGAGUAAGACGCUGGAGAAAGCACAGGGUUACACAAAGCUAGAAGUAGAUUGCCAACAAAUAAAAAGAUGCAUUCAGAUAGGUCUAAUAUGCGUGAAUCCUGACUGGACGAAAAGACCUACAACAACAAAAAUUAUCGAGAUGUUUGAAGGAUUGGAAAGUUCGGAUUGUAGAAAAAGCAGUAAGGCAAUCUCAUCAGCAGAUCAGAUCUCAAAGGGACUCAAAAAGCACAGGGAUAACUUUGGGGUUACUAAAGAAGGAAAUCUACCUCCUAAAAAUACAUUAUGUAUCGAGAUUUUUGGGCAAGCAGAAAGAAGGAAUCCAGAAGUUGGAGAAGCAUCAGUUUUUCUUGCAAUGGUUGUUGACUGUCAACGCGGAAAGUUACAGUACCUUGAAAACCGAGUUGCUUUGGCGAGGAUAAUGUUUCCGAGGGAGGCCAGAGUAGCAAUGGACUUUGCUCAAGUGGAUAGUACUUUGGAAUUUACCCUUGAGUCUAGUGUAAAUCUGCCUCGGAGGACACAACGGCCAACUAUUGAUCUAAAUAAAACUCCUUUCCAAAUGAAGGAUGAGCACUUAGCUCGGAUCAGAGAUCUCUCCAAAACAGUUGAACUCGGCAAACGCUUCUUCCCACGCUGUUCCAGUUUGCUGGACAAGGUGAUGGAUGAAACUGAACCAGCUUCCCUUGGAAUUGGAAGAGAUACCCCCAGCGUGAAGAGGAAGUUUCAGGAUCUGCGGUACUUUCUUCUGAAGGCCUUUAAGGAUGACAAGGAGGAAUUUGACAGGUCGGUCCUUUUAACUUCUUGUCGAUGUCCAUUGGACCAAGGAGUUUGACAGUUCGGCCUAAGAGAUGUUCACCUUGGCUUCAUUGUUGCCAUAUUGAUAACUGAUUUUCAGUCUGGAACUGAUUUUUUCUGUUUAACGUACUUCAACAUCGUACUACAGUUGCAUUCUAGCAUCAUCAUCAGGUAGUAUGAAGCUAUUGGCCUGGCCUUGUAUAGAUCAUACAGUUAUACCCAUCUUUGCUUGUAUAGUAGUAGUACUGCUGUGGCACUAGGUGCCGAAAUCCUUCGUGUGUUCCAAUUAUGGUCUACUAGAGUAGUUUGAUCAUCGAAUUAAUGGACUUUGCGUA